CCUGUCGCAUCUGAACCAUCUGGAGAUGACGACACUCCUGUCGCAUCUGAACCAUCUGGAGAUGACGACACUCCUGUCGCAUCUGAACCAUCUGGAGAUGAUUCCGAUAGUGAUUAUGAAGCCGAAUCUGAUCCAGAAGGUAGUAGCAGUGAUGAGGCUGAUUUCAUUCCAUUUCGGUUUGUACGUGGACGUCAAAGUAACUCUGUGGCAGUUUCUGUCAGUGAUAAUAAGGAGAGUGAAGCCAUGCCUGUUGACCAUUCAGUACCUAAUACCUCACCUGCCCAUGCCUCUGCAAGUGUUCAAAGUGCAAAAGUCUCAAGCUCCAGUUGCAGUAUUAAUGUGAUGACCACUUCAAACAACAACUGUAGAAAGUGGGACAAACCUCAGUACUGUAAAUUUUGUAGUCAACCACAAAAGAAACUGCCGAGGCAUCUGCUUACACCACAACAUGUCAACGAGACUGAGGUUCAGCAAUGGAUUACAACUAAAGACAUGAAAGAAAAGGCAAACUUGCUAGCUAAAAUGAGAAAUUACGGAAACUAUCGUCACAAUGUCAAAGUCCUUCAAGAAAAUAAAGGUACCUUGAUUGUUGCAUACAGACCGAAAUAUGAUGUGGAUCCAGAAGAAUAUUUGCCAUGUAGUCAUUGUUAUGCUUUCUAUUCCAAGGAUGAUUUGUACAGGCAUGUUCAUAGAUGUAAAUUGCGACCAGAUGUUGAGGAUGAGGAUGAGACCUGUGAACCACCCAAGAAGAAAAAAAGAACCUUACAUGUUCAAACUGGUAGAAUGAUGCUUCCAGGCCCAUCAGGAGUAAGCCCAAAGGUGCACAUGAUAUUAUCAAUGGGAGUCGAUGAUGAUAUAUUGAGAGUUGUGAAAUCAGAUAGAUUAAUGCAGCAAGUAGCAGAGAGGCUGACAUUGAAGCAUGGGCAUGACAAAGACCAGUAUUCAUAUAUACGGCAAAAAUUGCGUGAACUUGCACGACUGGUUCGUGAGUACAGAAAAUUGAAUGAUCACCCAUCGGCUUCAUUGGUAGAUUUGAUUUGUCCUACCAAAUUUAAUGAGGUCAUAGCUGCAACUAGGAAGGCUGCAGGAUUUAAUGAGGAUACACAUUUGUACACAACACCUAGCCUGGCACUGAAAGUCGGAUAUACACUGGUGACGGCUGCCAAAGUCCUUAUGGGAAAUGCUCUGUUGCAAGCAGAUGCUGGUUUGGAAAAGAAAUGCAAACAGUUCAUCAAAUCAUAUACUCUCAAGUGGGAAGCAGAAGUAAGCACACAUGCACUGCGUACAUUAAAAGUAAACAAGAGAAAUACAUCAAGGCUGCUUCCUUUGACAACAGAUGUUGUUGCACUGUCCAAUUAUGUGAGAAAAGAAACAAAAGAGGGAAAACAGAAGCUGAACAGCUGCAGUAGUGAUGAGACCCUUGACAGAUGGAAACAGUUGGCUGAGGUUACCCUGACCCAGGUGUGUGUUUUCAACAGGAAGCGUCCGGGAGAAGUUUCAAAGAUGCCCCUCAGUGAUUACAAGUGUAUCACAAAAGGAGAAGGUGGAAUAUUUGGUGAAGGCCUAACCAAAUGGGAAAAGGCGUUGUGCAAUGUGGUAUGGAGGGUGGAGAUUAAUGGGAAAUGCAAUAACACUGUACCCGUUUUGCUAACAGAUGACAUGAAAGGCAGCAUUGACUUGUUGAUGGAGAAAAGGUCACAAGUAGUCAAUGAUGGAAAUCCCUACUUGUUUGCAAACCCCGAUGGAAGAGGCCACUUGAGAGCAACUGAUACAGUGCGAAAUCAUGCCCAAAAGUGUGGAGCAAAGUAUCCAGAUCAGCUUAGAUUGACAAAACUCAGGAAGCACAUUGCUAUCAGCUCUCAGAUCAUGAAUUUGAAGGAUAAUGAAGUGGACAUUUUAGCCACCUUCAUGGGCCAUGACAUAAGAACCCACAGAGCCUACUACCGCCUGCCAGAUGCGUCACUGCAAGUAGCAAAGAUUUCUAAAGUACUCUUCAGCAUGGAGAAGGGAGACCUAAAGGCAAUGGCAGGAAAGACGUUGGAUGAUGUUCGUGUAGAUGCAGAUGAAGAAUGCAACAUAGAUCCAGAUGUUGAUGAUGAUCCUGACAACGAAGUGAACAGGCCCGAUGAUGCUGUUUUGAUGGAUGAGAUGUCAGACAAAGAAAAUGAAGGUAUGAGCAUGCCGCAGCAAAGCAGAAAGAAGAGUGACCAAGUUGCAAACAAGGAAAGUGACCGUGGUGCCAGCAGAAAGAAAAGGAGUAUCAGACAAUCUUGGACAGCUGAAGAAAAACAAGCAAUACACAGACACUUUAAAGAAGAACUACGCUCACGCCAACUGCCCGGUAAAGAAAAAAUAAUGAAGUACUGCAAGAUGGAUGCAGACCUGAAGGGUCGUACUAAAAGGUGGACAACAGUCAAAGAUUUCAUUAGAAACCAAAUUAGAAAGACAAAUCCACUGGAUUUUUAGUGAAUUUUCAACCUGUUAUGAGUGAAAUUAAUCAUGUUCAUCACACUCCGCAAUUUUGGAUGAAAUCUUUUCAGGUACUGACAUGCGUAAAAUGUGGUUGCUUCUUAUUCAUAUAACCCACUUACUGGUUUCCUUGAUGAAGGGCUGUGCUUUGGAAGAGGUGCACCUUUAUAUAGGUUAACAGUUAACUCCAUGGCCAGGAAGCAUACUGUGUGUAAAGCAGUGUAUGGUUCUGCAAGUCAAAUGGGAACUUAAUAGGAAAAACUUAAUUACCUGCCCAGUUGGUCAGG